AUGUCACUAUCUGCACGGUGCAACGACUCCCAGCAGCAGCUUCGCGAGGUCCAGGACAAGUGUGCCACUCUAUCUACGCGGCUGGAGGCCUUGGAGAAGGAGUUGGCUUCGUACAAGAAACAAGGCGAAACAUGUGCGGAUGGAGGCCAGGAGGUAUCCGAGCCUUUCUGGGACGACGGGGACAGCGUAGCUGUGCGACCUCCAUAUAUACAAGCAACCACCGGCCGUGUCCGAGUCCUUGGUUGCCUGCGUAUCCUCUCUCUGGAAAAUAUGGAGAGUCCCUCUCAGACCUUCUGGAUAUGCUCAUUACUCAUUAUACCCCACCCGGUAGAAUUCCUCGCUUGGGGUACAGAUGCGAUUCCAAAGCUUCAAUAUAUCCUCAGCGACCUUUAUCCCGCACAACCGAGCGAACAGGCCGGUAGCAUAUCGGAGCUCCGCGUCAUGGCCAUCACGCCUCCUGCCCACCUAAAUGGGAGGUUUGCCAGAGACGAAUCAUUGUUUGCUGUUCCGCAGUACAUCGACGGUAGUGACAUCACAGAGUCGUGGCUGGCUGCUCCUUUUGUUAACGAACCGAGCAUGGAGGAAUGGCGGCGGUUCCUCAAGACCGUACCGGCUGUCGUCGCCUUGGUCGUCGGCCACCGUUCUUCUACGCCCAUUCUCUCUGGUCUCACUCUUCUUUCCGAUGAAGAGACGUGUGAUGGACACAAUCUGCUACUGAAACUCGAAGCUAUACGCAUAUUCGCUGGGCCUACCCUACGGCACGGAUGGGGGCAAGGCUGGGCGGAUCCAGGAAGUUGGGGCUCAGCGCCAGCUGUUGACGAACAAAAUAACUAUUGCCCCCCCCUUGAACACGAGGACUUGCUCGGUGGUCUGGGCGAUGAUUUUGCGAGUUUAUCAAACGCUGUACUGGGGCUAGAGGAUCCAACGGCGGAUGAUCUAAAAGACUUGAGGGAAUAUAUCGACGAGGUGGAUUAUUCUAAGGUAGCGAUUGAUCCGCUGCGGAGUGUUUUGGAGACGCCUGCUGCGUGGGAUUGGGUGGAGCGUCUUUGGAUAACAGAAGAUAGUAUCUACUAA